AUGGAGUCUCAAGAACGUCUUGAAAAUUCUUCAUCCGAAUUUGCGUAUCAACAACAGGAAUUCAAACCCUCUUCUCAGACGCAGGAAGCAAUCAACCACGCAAGCAAUGAUAUCAAGGAACCAAAUACUGUAUCAACAGAGUCAAAGAAUUCAUCAUCAGAUUCGAACAUGGCCUCUGCCAAGAAAGGUCCAAAGGUUUUAUGUGGCUUUAUUAGAACAGACAGGUAUUUGGGCAUUAUUGAGCUCAAAAAAGGCGUCACUUGGGUGAACAUAACAUGCUACUACGCUUUAACCAUUGUCCUCAUUGGUAUUUUCGUUUUCAUAAAUGCAAUGGCAAGUUACGUCUUUGAGGCUUAUUUAAGAGGCCACGUAAGAAGGCAAGAUCAGGGCAAAUUAGCAGGCGAUCUUUCUUUCUACAAUGAAAUUUGCAUCAUUGUUUUUGGAAUGUUUUGGGGAAUUCUGACAGACCUUUUGAAAGGAAGAAAAUUUGUGUACAUGGUUGGAUUUUUGUUGAUGGCACUUGGCCUCUUCUUGUACACAUUUGCCUUGACUCCAGGUCAAUUAAUUUUAUACAGAAUAAUUUUUGCCAUAGGUGCAGCAAGUACCAGUAGUAUGCUUACUGCCAUUUUGGGAGACUACGUGAAAAAUAAGGACAGAGGAAAAGCCUCUGGUCUUCUUGGACUUUGUUCUGGUCUAGGAGCUGUUUUAUCUGCUUUGGUUUAUUUGAAAAUACCACAAUGGAUUCAAUCUGCAAACCCAUCAAUUCCUUCUGGCCAAGCUGGGUUUAUUUCAUUUAUUGUCAUGUCCUUAUUCUGUGUGGUUGCAAUGUGUGCCCUGAUGAUCUUUUACAAAGGAAAGAUUUUCCCUAUCUGUGAAAACUAUUUUGCCAAGAAAAAGACAAAAAAUAUUGACGGAAUUGAGAGUAGCUCAGACGAAGAGUCUGAUUCUGAUGAGCCAUCAGAUAAUGUAUUUGUUAGAUAUUUAAAAAGAAUUAGGGAUGUUUUGAUUCAAGGCUUGUUUAAAGCUCCUGCAAAAAGACCAUCUCUCAUUUUAGCUUAUGCAUCCAGUUUUGUUGCAAGAGGUGAUGCAACAUUGAUCACUACAUUUAUUACAUUAUGGGUGUCCCAACAAAUGAUUAAUGAUCAUGACUCCUCAAAGGCAGACGCUAUUGCAAGAGGAGGUACAAUUUCUGGUAUUUGUCAAACUUUUGCCCUUGUAGCUGCACCGUUUGUAGGAGUUUUUGCUGAUUUGAGAUUUAGAAGAAAGAAGCAAGACACCACUGAACAAACCACAGAUACUUUCAUCAGAAAGAUGUCAAGAUUAAUUACUAUGGCAGUAGUCUCAAUAAUAUCUGGCGUUGGAUACACAAUGUUAUCAUUGCUCUCAGAUGUGACAGGCGGAUUUGUGUACUUGCCAAUUGCUUUGAUCGGUAUUGGUGAGAUUGGUGUUAUUGUUUGCAGCCAAGUAUUGGUAACUGCUGAAUCUCCAAACAAAGUCAGAGGAAGUGUGAGUGGUAUAUUCACUUUGUUUGGUGCUGCAGGUAUUCUGUUAGCCACCAAGGUUGGAGGAGUUCUCUACGAUGAUUGGAAACCAAGCGGACCAUUCUUAUUCUACGGUGUGGUCAACUUUGCUCUCUUUUUGUUGACUCUUGGCUUCAUUGUUGGAAAUGUCAUUUAUUACAAGGUUUACAAGAAGUUGAAAAAGGUAUCACCAAAGGAGAGUCAAUUACCAUAA